UGUAUCUGUUUAUGGCUCCGGUCUAGAAGGAGAACAUGAAAUUCACUCUACAGCUAUCCGAGACGUGUAUAGUUCUCCUGUUCCCCAUGCUACACAUCAUGUGUCAGGAAUGUGGCGAGAACAGAACCGGAACAUAUGGUACAGUUACCUCCCCUCUUUACCCAGAUAAAUACCAGAACGACCAAAACUGCACCUACAUCAUCGACGCUGGAACUACGUUGAUCCGCCUUGUGUUUGUGGACUUUCAGGUUGAGAAAAACUUUGACGCAGUCGAGGUAUACGAUGCCUAUGGAAGCCUGCUUGCCUUUCUGGGUGGUGGGAAAUCUGGGUACGUCAUGCAGCCUUCCAACUAUUACCGCCUGCAAUUCACCAGCGAUAGUAGCUUCACGAAACGGGGAUUCAACGCCACUUGGACCAUCGCUGCUGCCUUUCUGAAACAAAACAUCACGAACCGCGUUUAUGGCGAAUGUGGGUACGACCAGACCUUUGUGCGCAUGUCAUCAUCCGGGCUCACGCUGGGUCACCUGGAGACGCUCAGCUCAACCAUCUUCCUUGACUGUAUGCACAUUUGCCGGAUUGACGUCUUCUGUGCAGCAAUCGGUUUUGUUGGCGAGACUUGCUCGUUGUUUCAUAACAUAGAGGGUGACGACGGUCCGGCAAGUAUUUUCAAGCGAAUGUAGAUAUAGACCUGAUGAGGAGUGGUAGGGGGAGACAACAGUUUGCUUCUUUAUUUCUUCUGUAACUUUACGAAGACCAACGGUUCUUUUUUAACCCCAGGAGGACGUAAGAACUGGGUGACCUUAUCAUCUAAAUGUCGUCGAGUUUACUGCUUGAUCUUUUUAGCUUUGCUUUUGUAUUUAUUCAGAAUAAAUGUGAGUUAGAGGCGUGACAACUGUUGGUUACGUAUAUGGAUGGUCCAGAAAUAGUUGCACUGUUGAGCGGCCUGUGAGUGCCAGGAAAAGAUGAAGAAAUGAUAUUUCUCCUGAAUACACACCUAACAAUAAAAUAUUAUGCAGAGAGUCACGCUGUUACAGAGAUUUUGAAUUUGAACACAAUCCACAGUUGAAAUGUUGCCUUAAGGAAAUUAUUCGGAAUUGUGCAGAAUCCCCCGACAAUUGUUGUUUAGUGGGUACGCACCCUGGAGAGUGAGCUAUUAAUGAUACAAGUUCAUGUACAACGGCAAAGGAUAUUUUACGUUCGUUGUAGUUGAAUCAGAUAACGAGAACUUAAGUUUUGUUCGGUUCAUAUACUGAUGUUCCGUUUUUUGUCCCUCCUGAAAACACCUUAUCAUUAUUUCGCAUUCCACUAAAGAUAAACCUUUCAUACAGAUUUCUUCACUUUUAU